GGCCGCCGAACUAAACCGAGUUCGACAUUCCUGGUAUAAAGGAUGGGCGUCAUCUUGACCGUGAACCUCUUUGUCCAGGCCCGGCGGGGACAUCCUGCCCUCUGCUGAUCAACCUCACGCACUGCACGGUCUAGUUCCUGGUUGAUGGGAUAACACGCUUUCGGCGACUCUUAGCUCAGCACGCAGCAUCAACUUUUUAAAGAAUGGAAAUAGUGGGUUCGUAGGUCGCCAGAGAGUCAUUACGCGAGGGUAACAUUGAAACUCCGCUGUGCCGGUUGCAAGUUCUGUUCAAAGCAUGACUCUGUAGAUUCUCCUGCAGGUUUGCUCACAGUAGGCUUGCAACCAGCGCUAGCUAAGCUAGCUAACUUGCUUCGCUAGCUACACUGCGGAUCCAAAAUGACUGACUGCUGCGCCGCGGCGAAUUGUGACUACCAGCAGCCGGAGUCCGAAAACACCACUCCGCUUUUCAGCUUCCCUUUGGACCCGCAGCGCUGCAAACAAUGGCUGAGCAACUGUCGUCGUCAAGAUCUGGCAUCAGAACCUCCUGAACAGUUGCAUAAACUGUACCGACUUUGUGCAAAGCACUUUGAGUCCUCUAUGAUCUCUCACGAGAGCGCCUCCAGUUGUGUUUUAAAAGAAGAUGCUGUUCCAACAAUAUUUGACUUCACACCUGUCAACAAUCAGUCGGCCUUCAACAGGAAACGCGCUGGCGAUCCUUCUGAAGAGGAAGCUACUGUUGUGAAGAAAACAAAAGCAGAAGUCACAGAGGAGACGAAUGAAGCCUCUGGAGAGAACAGUGCAGCCAUUGAACAGCACAAAGAGAAUCUAACCCCGGAAGAUGUAGCCAGCUCCAGAGCAAAAGAGACUCUGAAAGUCUAUUUUAAGGAAAUCCUUGCACUGACUGGAUUCAGCAUCAAUGGCGCAAACCUCAAUGCUGAUGAGUCAAUCGGAGGGGCAAGAGGCCGUCAGGCUCUCAAUCGUGUAUGUCUGGAGAAAAUUGACAAAAAAGAAAUCCUGCAGUUCAGUGAAGACCUAAUGCGAGAGGAAAUCCAGAACAGCCUCAGGCAGGCCCGAUUCUUCUCCAUUCUGCUUCAGGAUGUGACGAGCAUAGAAGGCAAGGACCAGAUCCCAGUGUUCAUCAGGUCUGUCACAGUAGCUGGGUUUCCACAAAAGCACCUCAUUGGGUUCUUGCCAUGUGACAUGGAUGCAGAAAAUUUGUUUUACAUGCUCCUCUCUGAGCUGCGAAAUAAAUGGGGGCUGAGGAUGGAACAUUGCAGAGGACUCACUUAUCUGGUUACAGGGAAUAUGUGUCAGAAAAUGCGAGAUCUUACCUGCAGGAUUCUGCAGGAGUUUCCACAAGUAGUUCUGUCACCAAGUGACCCAUAUGCCUUCAACAUAUGGAUCAUUCGCUGCAUGCCUGUUUCCUCCAUCCAAAAGGCUGCAGACACUGUAGAGGAGGUGGCCUUGUUACUCAGGAGAACACCAGAGCUUUGCAAACGCUUAGAAGGUAAGAUCCAGAUGGCGUAUGGGCACGUGAAAGGGGAAGUGGACAGGAUCAAGACAGCCAUCAGUGGGAAUUGGGAAUAUGGCACUGAUGCCUUCCAGACCAUGCUAGAUAUUCUGGAGCCAUUCCUGAACUGCAUCAACGAGACCAUUUCGAAAGUAGAUGAAGAGACUGCUGAACAGAUGGCCAAGCUCAAGCCAGUUUUGAAGAAUUUCAAUUUUAUCAUCACACUUGUUGUUCUGAAGAACACCCUCUGUUGUGUGAGCAUACUUAACUCAAGUCUCAGGGGAAUAAUUAGCAUCAGCAGUACCUUGCAGUACACAAUUUCAAAUGCCUUAAAGCUGGUAAGCAAAUACCAACAGGAGCUUGCAAUAUUCCACAGGAAGUGGUUUUCAGAUGCAGUUGGCCGUGCAAAAAAGCUCGGAGUGGAGGUCAGUAAACCAGAGAUGCAUCAAGAAGACACAACUGAGACCCCACUGGAGGACUUUUACAGGGAAACUUUGAGCCGCCCCAUCUUGCAGUAUCUUGUUGCAGAGGUGAAGAGAGUGUUCAGCACAGAGAUGGUGAGGAUUCUCCGAUGGCUCUCACUAGUGCCAUCGUACAUGGCCGACCACAAUUUCAGCAUUCGGCGGGAUAAAGUGGCAGAUGCCAACUUGAACAACCUUGCUCGGCCUGACACAUUCUACGAAGAGCUUGGUUGUUGGGAAGUAAAGUGGAGGCAUGCAAGCAAGCGCAGAAUCUUACCCACCACAGUGUUUGCUACACUCAAGAUUCCAGAUAUUGGCUUUUACCCAAACGUGCAGAGCUUGCUGAGGGUGUUGGGCACUGUUCCAUGCGUAAAUGCAGAGGCAGAUGUGUAUGGCCAAUACCACAUGGUACUGGAGCGGUGCCACUCUUACCUAAGAGCCACACCAGUGGACCAAAGACAGUGCAGCAUGGCAUAUGUGUAUGUGAAUCAGGAUGUGCACUUCAGCGUCGAGCAAAUGGUGGAGUCAUAUGUUCAGAAGCAUCCAGACAUACUUAAGCUGCUGCAAAUGGAUGAUGACAAAAAAGAGAAGCCUCCACAAGUGGCAGUCCAUGGAAACCAUGCUGAAAAGGACACUGAAGAAGAACUGCAGCUCAUAAACCUAGAGAUGGAUGCCGAUAGGCUUGUGGAGAUGAAGUGUGCGGAGACGGAUAGAGAAUCUCUUAAAUCUGCUUUGCAGGCUGCGGUAACCUCUGCAUACAGCAGUCGGAGCCGGCUGCAUCGUGCUGCUCAGGAUGGUGAGGUUGAAUAUGUGACCAAGUCUGAAAUGAAAGAAGUUCUCACAGUAUGCGAAAACGCUGUGAGGGAGGGAAUUCUUUUGGAAGUAGGGAGUUCUUUCUUUUCCUUGUUCAUCGACCGUGUUGUGAAGCUGGGAGAGGACGAUUAUCUUCCACUCUUCCUUAGGUUUGUGGACAGUUUUGAUGUCAUGAGACUGGAGUUGAUGGGAUUUCUUGAGGCAGACCUUGACUGUGAUCUCAUGGUACAGCGUCUUCUGGAAAUAGUAACAGUGGAAUGGCAUCUUGAUUUGAAUAACUGCAGAGGUCAAGCAUACUUGGGCUCUGGUGACGUUUCCUACAAGCUGAAAGCCUUUGCCUGUAAAGUCCAGGAGAAGCAUCCUCUUGCUAUAAGCACACACUGCUCAUCCUACUCUUUCAACACAUGGUGGUCAAAGUCCAUCCCAGUGCCUGCUGUUAAAAGAGCCCUAGAUACCUUUGAAGAUGUGUUGAUGUUUUUCGGUAGCAGUGUCGCUUUAGAAAAACAGCUCGACCACGUAAUAGCUUAUGGUCUGAGAGAGAGCUAUGAAAAAGUCCAGGAGUUACAAGGGAAGUUCUGUACACUUUGGCAAGAGAAACACGAUUCUUAUGAGGUAUUUGUGCAGAUGCUGGAGCCCUUGGUUGAAUGUCUGGAGAAAGUCAAGAACAACCCACAGAGAUGGAAAGCCUUUGUGUCUGAACAAGCAGGAGCGCUUCUCCACAAGGUCAUGGAAUUUGAUUUCAUCAUUGCCAUGGUUGUCUUGAAGAAUGCAUCCUCUUUCACCAGAGAACUGAGUGCAGGUAUCCAGAAAGACCAGUUCAGUGCUGCUUCUCAGCUUUGCCAAAUCAGUGGGAUUGUGGCCACUCUGAACAGAGUAAAAACAAACAUGAAAGUGUUUCACCAGAACUGGUUUGAUGAGGCCUGUGCUAUAGCACAGAGCCUGCGAGUCCAGAUUGAAGUGCCUGAAAACUCAUUGCCAAGGGAUGGCAUGAUGAAGCCAGUUGGUUAUUACAAAGAUGGCUUAAGUGUGCCCCUAGUAGACAACCUAAUCAAUACUGUGAAAGAUCACUUUUCAGAAGACCACAAAGAAGCUCUCAACUUUCUCUCCCUGGUCCCAUGCUCGGUUACAGUCAGUUACAUGUUUGAGAGCUUGAAGUCAAAGCCUCCUCUCUACACCAGUGAUCUCCCUGAUGCAGACAACUUCCUCACAGAACUGUGCUGUUGGAGAGUAACUUGGAAGACCAAAGUGGCAUCUGUGACUGUUCCAAGCUCCAUUUUUCACACAUUGCGUCUGCCACUUAUGCAGUACUUUGGGAACAUCAACACACUGCUGAGGAUUAUGUCUGUGCUACCCAGCACAGCACUGGAGGAUUGUGGAGUUGUGAUGCGCCACAAGAAGUUCCAAGACUACUUGAGAAACACAAAUCCCAAAGACAGGUCCCCAUGCUUGGCAAUGCUGCAGGUGGGCACGGACUUCAAUAGAGACCUUGACCGCAUGGUGACCCAGUGUUUGAAGUUCACUCCACAAGCCUUAGAAGGGAUCUGUCUGGACAAGGAAUCCAAGAGUUUCAUCAAGAAUUCUGAAACUAAUAUGGAAGUUGAUGGUCUCAAGGAGGAAGCCGAGGAUCUCAAAAUGGAACACUCUCCGGAUAAGAUGGAGAUCCAAGACGUGAAACCAGCAGAUGAGAAUGGGCACUCAGGAGAUAAUCUACAAAGUCUGAUGACAGUUUUCAGACUGGCUGCACUUUUGGGGAAAAGAGAUUGCACUCUCUUUGACCUCCCAGAAGAAGACCGAGAGCUUUUUCUCCAGGAGCUCAGCAUGUGCCACUGGUUUGGAAAUGAAAGCAAAAACACAUCUUCUAUAAGUGAUGAUGAAAUGGUUAACCUCCUCAUAAAUGGAAUCAGAGAGGUCAUAUUGAAGGAAAUCCAGGAAUCUCCAUUCUUCUCACUCAUCACAGACAAACCUGUUAAAAUUGCAGACAAGACCCACCUACCUGUUUUUGUCAGGUAUGUCAGAGAAUCUGCCCCAAAAGUUGAGCUCAUGGGUUUCCUACCAUUUGAUGAGAACUGUCAUGUUGAUAGACAAGCAAGUAACCUUGCAAAGAUUCUCACUGAAAAUUGGGGCUUACCAAUGUCUCAGUGUCGAGGACAAGCAUUCAUGCACUUGGGCUCAGGUUAUCAAAGCCUGAAGAAAAUGUCGUUGGAUUUCCUCAAUAGCUAUCCUCUCUGUGUCGUGACACCUAGUGAGUCUUGCGGCCUUGCCCAUUGGUUGGCGGGAAGUGUGCCUUGUCCAUCAGUAGCUAAAAUGCUGGAUAUCACAGAAGAUCUGCUGCUCUUCUUUGAUGAUUCUCCUUGUCUAGAGGGACAGUUGGCACAGGCCGUUGAUGGACUUUUGAACAUGCCAAGAGAGGCCCUUGAGGAAAUCCCAGAAACAUGCUGCUCAAGAUGGAAAAAGAGAGAGGACUUCUUUGACAUACUUGCAGACACAUUCGAGGGAAUCCUUAGCUGCCUGGAUGCCGUUAGCUCUAGUGCAACAGGUGCCAAGUCAAUGCAUGCACAAGUUCUCUCUAGCGCUUUGAGAAAUAUGGAUUUCAUUGUCACCCUUGUGAUUUUGAAGAAUGCCUGUGCUCCUCUUCGUAACUGUAGCACUGUCUUCCGUUGUGGAAACCCUGCUGACAUUCUCUGUGAAGUGGACAAAAUCCCAGCGAUCAUAGAGACUCUUAACAAAAUGCUACAAAAUGUAAGCUCUGUGCACUCCACUUGGUUUGAGCAGGCCUUCCAGCUUGCAACCAAGGUUGCCCCAGAACAAGUGUGCUUCUCCGAGGAAGCUAACAACUAUGAAUCUCCCGAGAUAUAUUACAGAGAAAAUCUCAGCAUUCCCCUCCUCCAAAGUCUUAUUGAGGAAAUGAAAUACAGUUUCUCAGACAGUCACUUAAAGGCCCUAUCGGUCCUGUCAUUGCUGCCCUCCUGUAAUCCACAACCCAUACUGUCGGAGUGUACAGACAAGCCUUUCAGCCUCUACCUUACAGAUCUUCCUGAGCCCGAAGCGGCCGAGCAGGAAAUCAACACCUGGGCUGCUGUGUGGAGAGACAAGUACCAAGAUGUUGCUCCUCCCUCAUCCAUCGCGGAAACCCUAGUCCAUCCUGAGUCGAAGAGUCACCCAACUGUCACUUUACUACUUAGACUAGUUGCUGUCCUGCCUAGUGUCAGUAUAGAAUGUGACCUGAUGAAGACUACUCUGAAUUUAAUGAGGGAUCUGUUCAAAAAUACUGUGUGCAAAGGCAACAGAAUGGACCAUGUGAUGCUCCUUUCCCACUGCACGACACUACAGAGACUGCCAGAAGUUAUUGAGAAGUGUAUGGAAGCGGAUCCAGAGAGUAGGCCAUGUCUGUCCCAGGUGAUGGGAAGUCUACAAAGACUGAAGUUGGACAGAAGAGGCGUUGAAGAAACACCAUCAGCACCAUCCGAAUCGAACUGCUCCAGUGUAGCAGAGAAACCCACUGAUGGAGAGUCUAUAUCAGCAGAUAAUGAAGUCAUACUGCAGGUUGUUCCAGGACCGAGAACAGCUGUGUCUUUCUAUGAGCCUCAACUACGUGAACAAAUCCUCAAGGAACUCUGGGACUCUCAGUUCUUCACAAUUAUAACUGAGCAAACAGUUGAAAUUGAUGGUGAGCUCUAUGUGCCGUUGGGCAUCAGGUACUUAAACAAAGAGGAUGUCCAGUGUGAGGAAACACUGGCUUUCAUCCCCUUCAGUGAAGACCCAGUUGUUCUUGCAGAUGCUAUUGAAACUGCCCUAUCUGAAAAGUGGGGGCUCAACAUGGAGUUCUGUCGAGGGCAGGCCUUGCUGAGUGUUGGUGAAGUUGGAGCACAGAUGAGGGUCGUCAGUUUAGCUAUAGCAAAGAAAUAUCCACAAGCUGUGAGAACUGUCAGCUCUGCUUUGUCUCUCAACGUAUGGUUGGCUAAAUCUUCUACCACUAUAGAAGUUGCUGAUGGCGCAGUCCUCAUAGGUAAACUAUUACACUGGCUCACAGAGGAUGUAGAACGCCAGAACAAACUGGAAGACAUGAUCAUUCACGUGUUCCAGCACGAUGAAGGAAAAGGCAACGAGUUAAGGGACAAGCUUAUCAAGAACUGGGAGAAGAGCCAUGACAUGCAUGAAGUGGUGAUAGAGAUUUUAGAAGCGGUCAUGCUCUGCUUGAAUGAGCUGAAAGGGGAGGGAAGUACUUCAAAUCAGCACCAAGCAUUGCAGUUCUUUGAUUCCAUCAGAAACUUUGAGUUCCUUCUAUCAACAGUGGUGCAGAAGAACGUGUUGAGUGUGACUAAAAAGCUAAGUCAGUCUCUCCAGGGCAAACCUUUAGAUAUGUUGCUUGCUGUGAAUCACUUGCCUGAUGUCAAAGCAUCUCUCAGUAACUUGAAGAGCGACAUCGACUCCCAUCACAAGGCCUGGUUUGAGGAGGCUGUUGCCCUGGCUUCUAAACUCCACGUUAAAAUGUUGCAUUCAGUGCUUCUAGAGCCGUUGAGUGAGUUUUACAAAGAAUCAGUUAGCAUGAAAGUAGUAGAGCACUCAAUAGCAGAAAUUGAUGACCUCUUUACAGAAAAAGUAUUGGAUACAUUGAGGUGUCUGGAGGUUGUGCCUUACGCAAUGUCCAAAGUAGAAACCAGCAUUCUUAGUGGUCUUGUGUUCCGCCUGUACAAGGAGGACUUGCCAGAUCAGGCCUCCCUUCACUCUGAGAUGAAGCUGUGGAAGGAGAAAUGGUUGGAUCCUCUUGCAGGCUAUCUUCCAACUACUGUGCUUGAUACACUAAAGACAUCACAGAUUAGAAGUUUUAGUAACAUUGAGACUCUCCUCAGACUUCAGGUCAUCUUGCCAUUUUCAAGGAAGGAGAGCAAUUUCAGGCAGGGAAAAAGAAGCUUACAGGAGUUUGCUCAACAGGAAAAGAGAUCCCUCACUGAGCUACAUCCUCUGUAAGAGCUGCAGGUCUUCCGUAAUGGCUAGCAGAUUGGAGCGGUGUGUUUGCCAGUCAGCGCAAUGCCACUGUCAUACUGAAGAACUAAUGUAGUCAACCCUUACUGAGGACCCAAAUUCUGAACUCAAUAUUUCUCUGUACAUAAAUUAUCUAAAUUCUUUGAGAUUUAAUUUGGUUGUUAUCCUGCAAAGCCCUGCUUUGUUUUGUUUGGUUUUUUAUUCUGUAGUUUGUACAGUUGUACUGCCCAAUGGGACCAAUGUCUUGGGAAAACAAAUAGCAAUGCUCCAAUGACGGUUAUCAAUGCUUGUGUGCCUUGAUGCAAAACUAGUAAUUCACCCCAUCUAUCAUGAUAACACAGAUGUUUAAAAUGUCCCAUUGGCUUUUGAAACGACUCUAUUUUUGUCAUUAUCCAAAAUGACCAGACUGACUCUUGUAUCAUUAUCAUGAAUUGAUUCUAAUUAUGAAAUUGCACCCUUACCUUUCCUGGGCACAAAUAUCUUCUGAUAAUUUCCCAUAUUUCCUGUCUCUUUGCAGGAAUGACUUUGCUGUAAACGUAUCUUUGAAAGAAUGUUUCCGUAAUAGGAAAACCUUCAUAUAUAUUUGUCAGAAAAGUAAUAAAAUGCUCCAAAAAGA